AUGUCGUCGUCCGACAUUUCGAGUGCCGCCCACGCGGUAUCGGAGAGCUUGUCGGCCACAAUGAAAGCUUCUCCCGAGGCCCUGCCGUCCGCGUUCACACGCGCGCAGGAGGUCGUCGCAGCUCAGGGAUCGUCUAGCUGGUUAGGGCUUUUUGGCCGGUUGAUCCUCGCCAUUCUGUCCUUGAUCUCUUCGAUCCUGUACUGGGCGAUUCGAAUCGUUACCAUUACAAUUCCUACCGUCCUCUUCACCUUGUUCUCAACAAGCUGGACUGUGACGAUGAACGCCACUACUCUCAUGGUGAUCAUGGUUGCCAUCAUAUCCGCCGUCAGUUGGGUUGUGCGAUAUCGCAUCCUCAACAUGUACUCUCGACUUCCCCCGGAGCCGCAGAGGAAAGAGCCUGACGUCGAUUUAUUCCCCGAAUCCCACGAUGAGGGCAAGAAAUCAGGCCUAUCGAGCUACUUGGACGAGUUCCUCAGUGCCAUCAGAAUCUUUGGCUACCUCGAGCGGCAGGUCUUCCACGAGUUGACCAGAAGCAUGCAGACUCGCAAGCUUAUCGCUGGCGAGACCUUCAACCUGGAAGAGGAGAAGGGAUUCUGUAUUGUCGUCGACGGUCUUGUGGAAAUCUUUGUCAAAUCUGGCCGAAAUGCUAGAGCCAUGGAUCCGGACCCUUGCGACAGCUUCGGGGGCGAUUCUGCCUAUCCUGGAGAAGACGACGAUAUGUCGUCAGCCCCGCAGCAAAGAUACCAACUGCUUACAGAGGUUCGCAAUGGAGCUCCCAUGUCGUCUCUCUUCUCCAUCAUGUCAUUGUUCACGGAAGACGUCAAGCUUCGUUCGACAGAUGACGACACCCCGGAACCCACCUCAGGCAGUGGUGGACUGAGAACAUCACCAUUCCCGCGCACCGCAGGCUUCCGCCGCAUGCCAUCAGACCCUGCCAGUCCGUUCCCAGCAACUCCCGAGUUCCCAGAGAUUUCGGAGGAAAGGACGGGGGUGAGGAUUGAGGAACCUCCCAAGCGGGCCACUACACCCAACCUGCCUGGCAGCGCAAGAAUUCCACCCAUCUCGCUUGACAGCAGCGGCAGUGUCCCCAGUAGUGCUCGCCAGCCGAAGCGCCCUCCACUUCAGAGUCGAGCAACUUCUGGCUCAGCGCACCCAGAUAUCAUUGCAAGAGCAACGGUAGACACGACUAUCGCCAUCAUCCCAGCAAGCGCAUUUCGCCGGCUCACCAAGGUCUACCCCAAGGCCACUUCCCACAUUGUUCAAGUAAUUCUCUCCCGUUUCCAGAGAGUUACAUUGGCCACGGCUUACAAUUACCUGGGGCUCACUGGUGAAGUCCUGCAGACGGAGAAGAACAUGCUUUCUUUCACCUCAUGUCAGUUGCCCAACAUGCUAAGGGGCGAUGCCUUGCAGCGUUUGAAGGAGAAGUUUGAUCGGGAGCGAGAAAGAGUCGGCGGCGAAUCGGAGAGCAAAGGCAUUGCACUGCACAAUGCCAAUGCGCAUCGUCGGCGGAAGUCAACCUCGACUCUCCGCAAGGAUGCAAUGAUGCAUUCCAUGACCACCAAGGAGAGGUCAUUUUCUCAGGUCGCUACAACGAUCGGACCGCCGAGGGAGAGAGCUUCCACUCAGACCAGUCCUGGUGAUCUUUUGGCCAACAUCCAGUCAGCGCGGCAUAUUGGCCACCGACCAUCUGGUUCGGCCAGUGUUCACCUCGAACAAGUCGCUGACGCUCUCCGUCAGGAGGGUACAAGCCCGCUUGCCCAGCGAACCUUCAACCCGUUCACUACCCAGAGGCAGUCUCGAGGCUCGAUCGACGGCCGAGAGUCCCUGGAUGAAGACAACCUUUUCCGACAGUCGAUCCUUGAAUGUAUGUUCAAGGCAAUCGGUCUGAGCAGCAAUGGAAGUGUCUCCCGCGAGGCUGAGUCUGUCGAAGGAUCCCCGCGGCUCUUCUCUUACGACCAGAGGCGAUCGAGACCUGGUCUGGGCAAUAACGCUUUCGGUCUCAUGGGCCCUUUCGAUGCUUCUGGUGAUGGAGACACGGAGUCUAUGACAUCCGGAGGCUUUACACUGAACACACCGCCCAAUGCGCACAUCCUGGCAAGCGAUAUGAAGGAUGAUGUGGAGAUUGUCUUCUUCCCCAAGGGUUCCGUUUUGGUUGAGCAAGGCGAGCGCAAUCCUGGCCUCUACUACGUCGUUGACGGCUUCCUUGACAUUUGCACGUCGAAGGAGGAUACCUCAGCGGACAUUUUGCAGUCCUCAAGCAGAACGACUCUGCACACUGACCACAUGGGUAUGGAUGGGUCUCCUGCGUAUCCACCUGAUCACAUGGACGCGAAGAAGAAGCAGCCUUAUCGUCGCAGUGUGUCACUCAUCAAGCCAGGUGGCCUUGCUGGAUACGUGGGCACAGUAUCGUCGUACCGAUCUUUUAUCGACGUCGUGGCCAAGACGGACGUCUAUGUCGGCUUUCUGCCGCGCUCCGCUCUCGAGAGGAUCGCCGAUCGUUAUCCCAUUGUCCUGCUUACAAUGGCUAAGCGACUGACGAGCUUGCUCCCGCGCCUGAUUAUGCACAUUGACUUUGCUCUUGACUGGGAGCAAGUCGAUGCUGGUCAAGUGCUUUUCCAUGAGGGUGAAGAGAGCGAGGCGAUUCACAUUGUUCUCAACGGCCGACUUCGUCUCGUGCAGGACAGGAAAGACGGUGGUGUUAGUGUGCGAGCCGAGUUCGGUCAGGGCGAGAGUGUGGGUGAACUCGAAGUCUUGACGGAGUCUGUCAGGCCAGGCACACUCCAUGCCAUCCGUCAGACUGAGCUGGUCAAGUUCCCUCGCACACUUUUCAACAGUCUUGCCCAGGAGCACCCGAACAUCACGAUCAAGAUUUCCAAGAUUAUUGCGUCGCGGAUGAGGAACCUUGUAGAUGACCCCUCACAGCUUCUCUCCAAGGAGGCAGGCAACACCAACACAAUCACCAAAGGCUCUUCGUCACUCAACCUGAGGACCGUCGCGAUCUUGCCAGUGACUUCUGGUGUUCCUGUGGUUGAGUUUGGUAAUCGGUUGAUGAACGCCCUGUCUCAAGUUGGUCCUGCAAAUGGUGCCACCUCCCUCAACCAAUCUGCUAUUCUCAACCACCUCGGCAAGCAUGCUUUCAACAAGAUGGGAAAGCUGAAGCUCUCCCAAUACUUGGCUGACCUCGAGGAAAAGUAUGGCCUCGUCGUAUAUGUUGCAGACACCAAUGUCAAUUCUCCGUGGACCCAGACAUGCAUCACUCAGGCUGAUUGCAUCCUCCUUGUUGGUCUUGCCGAAGGAUCUCCGGAGAUUGGAGAGUAUGAGCGUUUCAUGUUGGGCAUGAAGUCGACUGCGAGGAAGCUUCUUGUUCUUCUCCAUUCUGAGAGGUACUCCCAAUCGGGGUUGACUCGAGCCUGGCUGAGGAAUCGUAUGUGGAUCAAUGGUGGACACUACCACGUCCAAAUGGCUCUCGGGGCAAACAUCAUGCCUGCCCAUCCGCCCUCAAAGCGAACCAGCACCUUGAAGGAGCGGGUUCAGAUCAUCCAGGCGGAGAUUCAAAAGUACACGUCGAGAAAGGUUCGGCACAGUCCAUUCUACUCUCCAGAUGCACCUUACAAGGGCGACUUCCAUCGUCUGGCGAGACGUCUCUGCGGCAAAUCUGUUGGCCUCGUCCUAGGUGGUGGCGGCGCAAGAGGCAUCACCCAAAUCGGCAUCAUUCAGGCCAUGGAAGAGUCUGGCAUUCCCAUCGAUGUUGUUGGCGGAACUUCAAUCGGCGCGUUCAUUGGCGCUCUCUACGCCCGUCAUGCCGAUGUUGUUCCCAUCUUCGGCCUCGCCAAGAAGUUUUCUGGCCGCAUGGCCAGCAUGUGGCGUUUCGCUCUCGAUCUCACAUACCCGACUGCAUCUUACACCACGGGACAUGAGUUCAAUCGGGGUAUCUUCAAGACAUUUGGCAAGACUCAGAUUGAAGACUUUUGGCUUGAGUACUACUGCAACACGACAAAUAUCAGCAAAAGCCGAAUCGAAUAUCACACCAGUGGCUAUGCGUGGAGAUACAUCAGAGCUUCCAUGUCACUGGCCGGCUUGCUCCCGCCACUGUGCGAUGAGGGCAGUAUGCUGUUGGAUGGUGGCUACAUUGAUAAUCUGACUGUCUCUCACAUGAAGAGAUUGGGUGUGGACACCAUCUUUUCAGUUGACGUUGGGUCACUGGACGACGAUACUCCACAGGCGUAUGGUGAUUCGCUGUCGGGAGUGUGGGCGUUCUGGAAUAGGUGGAAUCCGUUCUCGGGCACAGCUAACCCGCCGACAUUGGCCGAGAUCCAGGCUAGACUGGCUUACGUGUCUAGCGUCGAUGCCCUGGAACGGGCGAAGACGAUGCCAGGCUGCUUUUACAUGCGGCCUCCGAUUGAUGAUUAUGGCACGCUCGACUUUGGCAAGUUUGACGAGCUCUAUCAAAUGGGGUACAAGUAUGGGCAGGAGUAUUUGCAGAAGCUUAGAAGCGACGGGUCGUUACCAUUCAUGGAAGAAACGGAAGCAAAGAAGGCGAUGCGUAGGACCAUGGCACCCAGAAGAGCCAGCAUCUAG